CGUUACCAUGGCGUUACCAAAGUUAGCACUGCUGGGUUUUUGGCUAACAGUGGCCGCAAACGUGAUGGACGUUCUGCGACCGAAAACAAUAAGAAUUUAUAAAUUCGAAGGAGUGUGUUCUGGGUAUGAAAAUGCACCUAUCACUUUGAGAGACAUCCACCUAAUUUAUUCAAACAAAAUUCACUUGAUAUCUUUGGUUUGCGUUGGAAAGGAGAACAUUUCUGAAGACUUAAAGUUGAAACUGGAUUUAAAAAGGUGUCAGUCUCGAGAGGCUCUCGAUUCCUGCGAAAAAUACCAAACUAUAAAUAUUAACCACUUGUGUCGCCUAAUCAACGCAGAAAAUAAACCUUGGUCGCCUCUUGUCAAACUGGCUAAUCCACCCAUGCAGUGUCCUGUUCGAAAGGGUGUUCGAGUUGUCAAAAACGGGACUUUCGAUGGUUCCGCUUUUUCCCACUUACCUAUAGCCGGAUGGUACUGGAUUGUAACCGCAUGGGCUCUGGGAGAAGAAACAAAUCGCGUACUUAUGUGCGUUAAUUUCGAAGGACAGCUCGUUUCGUCUUAGUUUCAAAUUGGCGCCGUUUUGUUAGUUGACUCGCUCGCUACCAGAGGCCACUCGCGUACUAGUUUCAGUAUUUCUUUAAAAUGCAGCUACUGGAAUCGAAUUAAUUUAGCUUGUGUGCAUAAAAUUACCAUUGAAUAAUGUGUGACACAUAUACCGCACGCGUGUGUAGGUCUUUA